CCCACCCCAAAAUGAACACAACCUAAGAAACAACAAUAGAAAAUAAUUGGAAAAGGAAAACAUAUAGAGAAAAGGAGUUGGGGCAUUGAUAAUCAUAGGCGAGGAUUGGAGUUAGUUAAUCUUGAGGGAUUAACAAUGCCGACGGGCGCGCAAGCCGCUGUGCGCCCACAUCAUCAUUCGAAUAAUUUUCAUUCCACAUUUCCUAGAAAACAAAUAUAUUUUGUUGUUUUUCUUGUCCAUUUUCUGGUUUAUUCCUGCUCCUGCUCCGCCCAGUUCCCAGGCGAUUCCGACGUGGAGGCAAAGGCUCUCCUAAAAUUUAAGUCCUCGUUGACCAAUGCAGAGGCCCCCCUUUCAAACUGGGAUCCGGCCACCCCGCCCUGCAGUGGGGAGAGGGGGAACUGGCUGGGCGUGCUCUGCUACAACGGCUAUGUGUGGGGCCUACAGCUCGAGAGGAUGAACCUCAAGGGGAAUAUCGACGUCGAUGCGCUUUCCCCUCUGCGUUUCAUGCGUGCCAUCAGUUUCAUGGGGAACACCUUCGAGGGUCCCAUGCCCGACUGGAAGAAGGUCGGCGCCAUCAAGGCCUUGUAUUUAUCCGACAACCGAUUCUCCGGCCAGAUUGCGGUGGAUGCCUUCAGGGGCAUGUACUCUCUCAAGAAAGUCCACCUAGCCAACAAUAACUUCACCGGGCCCCUCCCCACAUCCCUCGAAUCACCUAAGCUCAUUGAGUUGAAACUCCAGAACAACCACUUCACCGGCACCAUUCCUAAAAUCAGCUCCGACUCUCUCACGGAGCUCGACCUCUCCAACAACCAAUUGGAGGGCCCCAUUCCCUCUGCCCUCAACCUCAUGGAUCCACACGCAUUCGCGGGUAAUAAAGCACUAUGUGGGGCCCCUCUCUCCAACGCCUGCGAUCCCACUCUGUACCCUCCGCCAUCAUCCACAUCCUCAUCACCACCACCAUCAUCAUCUUCAUCAAGAACUCCCAUCGCAUUGAUAAUAAUAUUGAUCCUCAUGGGGAUCUUACUCCUCCUCCUAGUCAUCUUCCUCCUCGCAAAAUUCUGCAAGAGCGGCAGCAGCAGCCAGACUCCGCAGCUGGGGAAGCCCAUUACAGCGGCUGUUGACAUUGAAAAGGCCCCAUCGGCACCAGCCGCAGCCGCAGUGGCAGUGGUAGAAGCAGAUGCGGCGGGAAUCCUGGCAGGAGGGAAAAGGUCGGAUCAGCACCAGCCUGGUAAGCUGUCGUUCGUAGAUGAGAGGAGGCACAAGUUUGACCUGCAGGAUCUGAUGAGGGCGUCGGCAGAGGUUCUGGGAAGCGGAAACUUUGGGGCAUCGUACAAAGCGGUGCUAGUAGACGGGGAGGCGCUGGUUGUGAAGAGAUUCAAGCAGAUGAACGGCAUUGCUAGGGAGGACUUCCAUGAGCACAUGAGGAGGCUAGGGAGGCUCAACCACCCCAACCUGCUGCCACUCGUUGCCUAUUUGUUCCGCAAGGAGGAAAAGCUCUUGGUAUUCGACUUCGUCAAAAAUGGCAGCUUGGCGGCCCUUCUGCAUGGAAAACACUCUGGGGUGCUGAACUGGGUUACGAGGUUGAAGAUCAUUAAGGGCGUGGCAAAGGGGCUGGUGUAUCUCCAAAAUGAGGUUCCAACCAUUACAGUGCCGCACGGGCACCUGAAAUCAUCCAACGUCCUCUUGGAUAACGAAUACAACCCACUCCUCAUGGACUACGCUCUCCACCCGGUCGUCAACUCCACUUACGUCCACAACGUCCUGCUCGCCUACAAGUCCCCCGAGUACGCUCAGCACGGCCGCAUUUCCAAGAAAACCGACGUUUGGUGCCUCGGCACCCUCAUACUCGAGAUACUCACCGGAAGAUACCUCUCUCACGCCACCACCACCGACCUAGCAGCCUGGAUCAACGGCAUUGCCGGCGAGGAAUACUCUAAAGUUUUUGACAAGGACAUGGAAGCUAGCGCCGUCGGAAGCAGGAACCAAAUGGAGAAGAUGUUGCAGAUAGGGAUAUCGUGUUGUAAAGAGGAUGCCGAUAAGAGAUGGGAUUUGGAGGUGGCCGCUCGACAGAUUGAUCUUGUUCAGCUUGACGACUGAUUAUGCACUACCUCUCCCUUUGUAUCUUUAUUUACUCGCAACUCACAAUCAUAUAUCCAUUUUAAUCAAAUAAGAUGUUCAUUCAAUUUGUAUAAAUAUUGAUCGAUCCACUUUCAAUACUA